AUGAAUGUCAUAAGGUUUGAUGAAGUCUUUGGACUCGUUGACAGCUGCUUUCAUCUGCAGCUGCUGAUCAUUGAACUUCAGGAACAGCUGUCUUUAGCCAAGGCUCUGUGUGAAGAAAAGGCUUGCAGCGACUUACUCAAAGGUCUAGUAGAACUUCAAGAUGUCCCUGAAGAUAUUGACCCAUCGGGUGCGUUAUGCUCCUGGUAUCAUCAAAUGAAGAAACAUGUUCAGAACAGAAGCAGCCAGUUGCACUGCUCUGCUGAUGAAGACUGCUUUGUUAAUGUCAGAAUAUCAACUGUCCAUGGAGAAGGAUUCGUGACAUGUCCAAAUUUAGUGCCAAAAUUGUCAUUUGGGACCAAAUACAAAGGCUACUGUCUUCAUAUCAGUAUAGAAGAAAAAAGGUCCUCGAGCCACCCUCUGUCCACACCCCACUAUGCCAUCACAUCGGAUAUUCAUCUCCAAGGGUUAGAGGUGAAAGGUCGCGAGUACCUUGAGAGAGGUCAAACUGCCGAAGAUUUCAUCCUGCAAGUCGUAUGGCCAAUCAUGGAGGAGAAUAUUUGUGUGUGAAAUGGGCUUUAUUCAGUUGGACAGUUUGCCACUCGUACUGCAUCAGCAUACUACUCAGUGCUGUUGAACUUUGUUAUAUUGAAACCUUAUCAGUUACUAUUUCCUACUGUUUCUGUUAUGGACACCAACUUACCAAUCAACGAGUUUGUCAGUUUUUGAUACAUUUGUGAUGUACAUGUGAUGUACAGCCAUACCUCUUCCAUCUCAGACAAUGUGGACCAUGGGACUCUUAUAAAGGGACUUGGGAACAUUGUUCAGAUGAGAGUAAAAUGGUGCUAAGGUAGUGACUUUGAUGCUAGAUGUACAAUUCAAGGUACAUGUAAUCUGAAAAAAUUUGAGUUAAACGGACCAUUAUUAAUGAUAAUGCACGCAGCCUGCGUAUGAGCUUCAUGCAUGCCCAUAGAGAUCCUAUAUAUAUGAUCCCUAUGUGCAACUAAAAAAUUGUUUAAAAAUUGUUGGAUAGUACAUGAAAGACAUGGGAUAGUCUAAGCAAAUCAAUCACAUGUGACCAAUCAUUUGAUUAGGAUUUAGGAGUGAGUUGUAUAAUAUCAUAUAGACUAUUAGUCCAGGCAUAAUUUGAUAUGACCUCCCACUUAUUGCAACAGAAUAUGUCUUGACUGUUUUGUGCUCUUGGAGGUGUCCAUUAUAACAUAUCAAAAGUCUUAAGGAAUCCCUAUGAAAUAUCAUAAAUCUGAUAUUUCCCAUAUCCCUGCUUCUAAAUAACAUAGAUUUUUUAUUUUAAGUGCUAAACUUACAUUUCCAGGGACAUUGAAUCAAAUUAAUUAAAUUUCAAUGAGCUAAAGCUAGCCAAAAAGCCGAAAUGGCGGCCAUUUUCCAAAAUGGCCUCCAUAAACCUUAUAUUUUGCAAUAUCUCUGCUUCUGAAUGACUUAGGGCUUUGAUUUUCAGUGCUAAAUAUACAUAUCAUGGGCCACGGAAUCUUUGAAAUACAUUUCAAUGAGCUAAACCUGACCAAAAAGCCGAAAUGGCAGCCAUUUUCAAAAAUGACUGCCAUAUCCUGAUAAUUUCUGCUUCUAAAGGCUUAGAAUUUACAUUUUCUGGGGCUAGGAAUCCAAUGACACACAUUUCAAUCAAUUAAUUCUGACCAAAAA